CUAGUCAGCAGCAUUAGUUGGCACAAAUCAUGGGAAUACAGAUAGUAACUUCCCAUGCCAGCAAGAAAUAUGGCAGCCUGAGGGCAGGGCGGCCAUUUUGCCAUCCUAUAACUCCCCAGCGCACAGUAGCAUCAGUGGCAUUUCUUCAGUUGAAGCUUUUGUGGCUGAUGCUAGAGUCUGGCCUCUGGAAGGGCGAGCUAGUCUGUUUCGGCAACUAGUGCAUUACUUCCAGCGUAUUACCUGCAGUAUCCUACUGUUCGGAGCACCAUAAAAUCUGUGCUUUUCUAUACUUUUUUAAAUAAUUUUUGUUUUUAUUUUUGACAUCGGAGAUGAGCCGGAGAGAAUUGAGGCGGCUCCUCGAGGACCAGAGGAGGUGGAGGAGCCGUCAUGGAGAUCCUGAUGAUGCUUCGGAGACCGUCUUUGAGGAGAGGCUGCGGUCCGAGCGGAGAGGAGAAAGAAGAACUCGUCACCAACCAUCGGAUAAGAGACCUCAGAGGGAGAACAGAGAGAGAAGCCGUUCUCCCCUUCCUGCUCCCAACGCUGCAGAGAGACCAAGCCCAGAUCAGCUCCCCGGUCAUCUUCAUCUCACCUUUCAUCAACCAGCAGAGAAUGGGCAGGAUCUCCCGGCCAUGGUGGUGGAGCUCAGUACGCAGAAUCUCCCGGCUUUCCUGGUAGAGAUCAGAAUGCGGAAUCUCCCACCCAUGAUGAUGGUGAUCAGCGGACAGGAUUUCCCGCCCAUGGAGGUAGAGAUCAGCGGGAAUAAUCUUCCAGCAACAGUGAUCGAGAUCAACGAGCAGAAUCUCCCCGUCAUGGAGGUAGAGAUCAGCGGAUUCCCAUCUCACCAUACCACAGAGGAUGAAGCCACACAGGCAUGUGUGAUCUGCUUGAUGGAGUUUCAAAAUGGAGAACGGGUGACUGUCCUGCCCUGCAGCCACAAAUAUCACACCAGCUGCAUCUACCAGUGGAUGGACACAAACCCCAGCUGUCCUGUGUGCCGGAGAGAGUGCAUCCCGAGGCCGGUCCUGUGGCGGAUCUCCUGAGUAUGGCAGGAAGAUGAAGAUCUACAGCAACGUACAGUGUAUUAUCUACCCCUGGAGAGUACGGAUGUCUGGAACCUUGGACCCAUACUGUGCAUGUGCAGCCUCCUUUUCCCAAAAUGGAUUUGUAUCGCUGCCGUUGUUGUUGGGGAGGGAUGGGGCCAGGAUCUCCAUCUGAGAUUUCCUGGUCCCUUCAUAGUAGAUGCGGUGGUUGGCUUGUGUGACUUCAUGGGUCACUCAGCCGUGUGUUAGUGUCACAGAAGAUCGAAUACUGCAUCCUAGAAUGCGGCUAAAUCUGUAAUUCCUAUUUAUAGAAUAUGAGGAUGACUUGAGUGCAGAGGAGAGUUUAGAGAAUUAUCAGAACUAGUACCAGGUUGUUGGCUAGAGUAGGGGCGCGGAAUCUUACCCCAUUGGUGGUCUUUUCCAGGGAACUCCGCAAGGGGAUUUGGGUUUCACUGCACCCGGUAGGCAGGUAGCGGACCCUGACUGGCUCUCCUGGGCUAGGACUAUUGAUUCUGACUGAACUGUAGAAGAGGUCUGGAGACAACUAUGGUUUUGGCUUGAAGUUGGAUAGCAGAUGUAGAACUGACAAACGGAGAACAGAAUUGGUGCGUUGACUGGGCUAGAACUGGAAUAAUAACACUUGGCAAUAUUGGAUUGAAUGGAACUGGAGUGCUGACCAGGCUGGAACCGGAAUGAAGACACUGGUAGUACAGAACUGGUACUGGACCAGACUGGAACCGAAAUGAAGACACUGGUAGUACAGAACUGGUACUGGACCGGACUGGAACCGGAAUAAAGACACUGGUAGUACAGAACUGGUACUGGACCGGACUGGAACCGGAAUGAAUACACUGGUAGUACAGAACUGGUAUUGGACCGAACUGGAACCGGAAUAAAGACACUGGUAGUACAGAACUGGUACUGGACCGGACUGGAAUCGGAAUGAAUACACUAGUGAUACUGAACUGGAACCGGACUGGAGAGGUACUAAGGAUUGCAGGUUCUAAGGUAUAAUCUGUGAACACUGAGGAGCGCAGCUACAAGGCUGCACACUGAGCUGUGUGACAUAUGGAACUGGCAACCUGCACACUGAGAGGCAAGAAGUUUUAUACCCAUGUACUUCCAAGAUUGGCUGAAUGGGUCAAGUGACCCAAAGGCUGAGCGGAAUUGGACAUUGGGGGUCAUUCCAAGUUGAUCGUAGCUGUGCUAAAUUUAGCACAGCUACGAUUAGGAACACAGACAUGCGGGGGGAUGCCCAGCACAGGGCUAACCCGCCCCGCAUGUCAGUCCCUGCCCCAUCGCUGAAGUACUGUACAAAAGCAUU